GUCAAUCCGUGCUGUCCUCAUAUUAGGAGCGAAAGCAAAGAUGGAGGCAGCAGUCAAAACAGUAGUGGGAGUGUUCCUGAAGUCAUCAAAGGGCAAGGAGAACCUUGGAUCAAAGGAUUUCCAGAAGCUUGUGAAGAACAACCUGAACAACAUUAUGACGGGCACAGAGAACAAUGACGAAAUAAAAGGCAUGUGUAAAGACCUUGACAACAACCAGGAUGGGAAGGUCAACUUCCAGGAGUAUAUGAAACUGAUUGGCUAUCUGGCUCAGUCUCUCAGCGACAAGCGUUGUUCGGAUCAGGAAGCGCAAGCAGAGAGUUCAUCUCAGAAGGCACAAGCUGAAGCAGCUGCAGUGCCCAUUAAGGCAGAACCACAACAGGCAGAGCCAAAGGCAGCAAAGGAGGAGGAAACAAAACAGGAGCUAGUGGCCAAGGAGGAGGAGACAAAACAGGAGCUAGUGGCCAAGGAGGAGGAGACAAAACAGGAGCCAGUGGCCAAGGAGGAGGAGACAAAACAGGAGCCAGUGGCCAAGGUGGCAGCGAUUGAAGAGCAGAAGCCAAAGGAGGAGAACAAAACAAACGUGGAGCAGGAAGCAGCGACAGUUGAAGAGAAGAAUAAAACCGGGGAAGCUUCAUAGGAGCUUGAGAAAGUUGAGAUUUUCAAUGCUUUUUGUUGUUUGUUUUACUCUUGUUUAAUGUUUUCAUUAUACAUACAGUGGCCCUAAAAAGUAUUUGGACACUUUUGGACUCUUAAGUCGCACUUAAAUGUGAUUUUAAGUUCAGUCAUGAAACUCAACAUGGUGCAAGCUGAUAGGUCCUUUGAAAGACAAAGAACAUUUUGAAAUUUCCUUAGAUGUUUGCAAGUAAGCUAUUUUCUCUGCAGCACGGUAUGAGAGUUUUCUCUCUGAAUCCCUCCUCCUCCCCAGCACCACCUGUCUAGGUCUGCUUCACAGUAGCAGCGACAGCAGCAGUGUAAGCAGAUCUAGUCUGCCACGACUAAACCUACCAACUUGUCAUAUCUAUUAUAACACCUUCAGCUUAUUCCUAGAGUUAUCAUGACUGAAAUGCAUAGACAACAAUAUACUAAACCAAGUGGUAUUUGCAAACAAAUGAUGCUAGACCUUUUCGCAGAACUAUCUUUAGUUUUCGGAGCCAAUUUCGCAACGUCUUUUAAAAGGAUAGUAAAUGCAAAAUGGAAACUUCUGGUAUAAUUUACUUCAGAAUCAUUUACUUCCUGGAGCACAAAAGAAAGCCUCAGUCACCAUUCACUUUUCACAUGUUUAAUCCUUUGCAAUUUCAUUACAAUAAAUCCCGAUUGGUUUAAUAUUUUAUUACAUAAUGAAAAGACAUUCAUAACUUUUACAUUUUUAAACUUAAAUAUCCAAAUACAUUUAGGGGCCACUGCAAUUAAGAUACCUGGCCAACACACUAAAAAUUUUAAUUAUUGCACAGAGGCAUAGGCCACUUAUUAAUUUCUGAUUUUACAGCAAGUCGUGCCUGUGAUUCAUUUUGUAAUGAACGUGUGUGAUUGAACUUUACCAAUGAAUUGAGACGAAAAUGUGACCAAUGGCCAAAGGGGUGCAAUAAUGAAAGUCUAUAUCCUUUAUUUGAGCCAGAGUUGUUUUAAAGGGUACUACAAGCACUGUGUCCCCUCUUCAAUAUGGCAGCAAAACAGCUUUAAGGCAUAAAUGUAACAAAUGGUAAGUUCACCCAAAAUUUGUAAUUGUCGUUUGAAACCUGUUUGACUUUUUCCUUCUUUGGAACACAAAAGGAGUCCAAGCUUCUCUUUUCCAUACUAUGAAUGUGAAUCGUGACCAUGGUUGUUAAGCAAGAUUUUCAGGAAGUAAUGGUUUAAAUUAAUUUCUCAUACGAAGCAAUGAUAUAUGGCUGCAGAAGACGUAAAGCUUCAAAUCUUCUCUUUUUGUGUUCCACUGAAGAAAGAAAGUCAGACAGGUCUGGAAUGACAUGAAGGAGAGUAUCCCUUCGAGUGCUUUUCGGCCUCAAUGUUUACUUUUUGUUUGUGCCACCUCCUAAUGACAGGGUUGAUCAUCUGACUCACCGUAGUUGUAAAUGUACAAUAUAGCCUACUUUCUUGUGUCACACAACUUCAAACUAGCUAUAAGCCUGUGUUUGUUUUAUAAAACGGCAGUCUUCAGGAAUUUAUCAUAUCUAAAUAUGUGUCGCAUGGCAACACUAGCUUAAAUCCACGUCCUUUGUUGUUCACGUUUCUGCCAAAUUGCUGCAAGGCAUUGUUUGCAUGAGAAAAAUAAACACAUUUUGUUUU